CUGCUUCCUCUCCUGCCACCUCCUCCACUGACUCCACUAACACCGUCCAUGCUACUAACGCCAGCACCCACGUCCUCCCUCCCAUCACUCCAUCCCCACCCACCAUCCCUGCCACUAGCUUGUCUCUAACCAUCAGCGCCGCCUCUACCAGAACAACCAGCUCCUCCUCCUCUGCUCAACAGACAACCAGCAGCACCACAACAGUUUCAUCUGCUCCCACUAACAUCCCAGCUACUAACCCCACAGGGCCUGCUCUGCCUCAGUUGGAGUUGUUCGACCCACAGUUCAAUUCUUCAGUGGUCAGUGAGUCGGUUCACUCUGAUCAGAGUGUUUUGACCCUCCCAGAGGAAACAGAUCUGCUGAAUCAGACGGACAUUGGCUUUAAAUCCAAGUCCACAGCUGGAGGUUGGGCCUCUGAAGGCACCCUGGUGGUGCUCCAGGGAAACACUGAUACAAUGGAACCACUCUCUCCUUCUUUGUCUGCCACUUCUUCGCGAUCCUCAAUUCGCUUCCUUUCAACUUUGAGUUCCCUUUUCCAUAGCCUUGACAACCUGCUGCUCACUCCGUCUCCAGAAAUGUUUCCUGCUACCACAGUGAUGCAAGCUGCUAGGAUGACAGGAAGGGUGGUGGGGGAGGACACUGCAGUGUCUUCUUCCUCCCCCUCCCCUGAUCCCAGGUUUGAGAACUCUCUCAUCUUGGCUCUGACGUCUUCAUCUGGGUCACAGUGGAGUCUGCAGCAAACUAUUUCCUACACUGAUGACCAGGUGAACACAAACACAGCCACUGCUGCUCACAAUGAUGGACUGAAUCACCCCACUCCCCCUUUGUCGACUCCUCUUUUCAUAGCACCUACCCAGACUCUCCGCAGCAGCCGGACUACACGACCCGGCACUGAAACCUCCCCGCACACCUCAGGGCGGGAUUAUUUGCUCCACUUAGGCUUUACACAAACUAACACAGAGCACCUCGGCCGUCUGAUCCCCACACAUGGUUCAAUGCUCACACACUCAGGAGCUCAGACACAUGUGAACAGGGUUUCAGAUGCGACAACCCUCACCCCUCCUUUUUUCUCUCUUCACACCUCCCCUAUCUAUUCUGCCACACCAUCUCUCGCUCAUCUCCUCCCCAGCUGGGUGCCAUUGUCAGCAGUGUCUGCCAGCAUGGCGGAGGCAGAGAUUGGCUCCUUGUCUCCCACUCUGCCGGCUGCUGGCUUCCAUCUGCCCACAAUGACCCAGUCUCCCCUGGACAACCAUUUGCAGUCCCCCCAAUCUUCCAGAGCAUGUCCUUUUAGCCAUUCAGCAGAGUCACUCCACGUUAUCACAGCUAGCCAAUCACCUCCUGACCGAGCUUCCACGUCCCUCGAGGACAAAUUCAGCCUUGUUUCUGCUGAGGUGCAUGACAAGGAUGAGUUUUUGGCAGAGCUCACAAACACAGGCACAGUGUCCUCCCUCGAGACUUUCAAAAAUCAAUCUACAGCUGGGAUACCGUCACAUCUCUCUACCUUAUUUGACCCUGCAGAUGUUGUUCCAAAAAUCCACAUUGCAGAGGAGCGUGCCGUAGCUGUGGGUCUGUCUUCAGCAGUGAACACCAGUCACAGUGUUACUCAGGAUCGGCGGCCUCCAGAAGGCCACAGUUCAUCCGACCCACGGAUCUCCAACUGUGGAUUUAACUGCCAAACCCUCAUUGCCAUGCCAAUCUACUCGUGUCAGGCUCUGCUGGUUUAUUAUUUCAUCGCUAACGAGAGUCUGGGUGAAGCUGCUGUCUCCGCCCGGCUGAGCAGCAGAGAGGGACUCAUGGCUGCCGCUGGGCUGCAGAUCAAACACGCCUCCAAGGACGUUCAGUUAAUUGAAAACUGUCCAGAGGAGAAUCCUCUUCCUUAUCGCUGGCCUGAGAGUCGACCCACCGUGACCCGAUACCUGCCCUGCUUCCCCAACAAGGACCAGAGCACGUCCAGGACCUGUUUGAUCGACCCUCAGAACUACUCCUCCUACUGGUCGGCUGCAGACUCCAGUAACUGCACGGACAUCGACACCAUCGAGGUGUCAGCAGAAAACGCAGCUGAGGUGGCGGAGCAGCUCGCUAACAUCACCAACACGGAGCUGCCCAGCGAGGAGGUGUCCAAAGUGGUGACGAAGGUCCAGGAGCUGGUGAACGUGGCAAAGAUCAACGUGACUCUGGCGAACACAGUCGUCACCAUCAUCUCUAACGUGAUGAGCAGCUCUGAGACGGCGCUCGCUGCCACGUCUGAGAAGGCUCUGAAGACGGUGGACGAGUUGGUCCAGAAGAUCGAGUUCGAGGGUCCGUCCCUCAGCAUCAGCUCCAGACACUUGGCUCUGGGGAUAUCGAACCUGAACGCCACUGUGUUCAACGGCACAUCCUUCAGCGCCUUCAUUCCCCCGAACGCCACCGACCCGCAGAUUGUGUUUGAGUCCGAGCGGCUCCACCCUCUGGCUCAGGUCACCCUCCCCUCCUCGCUGCUGUCCAGUGUCUCUCUGAGCGAGUCCGAGCGCUCGUCUCUGUCCAGGAUCAACUUCAUGUUCUUCAAGAAGACCAGUCUGUUCCAGAGGGAGCAGGACGGGCGCUCUCUCAACAGUUACGUUGUGGCGAGCACUGUCGGAAACCUCUCCAUCAGAGGCCUGACGGAGCCGGUGGAGAUUGAGAUCGCUCACAUCUCCGAACAGUUCUCCUCCCGUCCAGUUUGUAUGUUCUGGGACUUCAGCCUCAACAAUGGCGCUGGAGGUUGGAACGGAGACGGCUGCAGAGUGUCCAAAGAAUCCAGCAGCAACAAAACCAUCUGUCUGUGUGAUCACCUGACACACUUCGGCAUCCUCAUGGACAUCUCAGGAGUUUCAGCCCACAUAGAUUCAAGGAACAACAAGAUCCUGACCUUCAUCACCUACAUCGGCUGCGGCAUCUCCGCCAUCUUCUCUGCCGCCACACUGCUCACCUACAUCGCCUUCGAAAAGAUUCGACGUGACUACCCGUCUAAGAUCCUGAUGAACCUCAGCGCGUCCUUACUCUUCCUGAACAUGGUCUUCCUGCUGGACGGCUGGUUGGCCAGUCUGGAGAAGCACUGGCUGUGCUUGUCCGUGGCCGUCUUCCUGCACUACUUCCUGCUGACCUCCUUCACCUGGAUGGGCUUAGAGUCCGUCCACAUGUACAUCGCCCUGGUCAAGGUCUUCAACACCUACAUACGACGAUACAUCCUCAAGUUCUGCAUCGUCGGCUGGGGUCUCCCGGCGGUGGUGGUGGGGAUCGUCGUUGCGGUGGAUAAAAACUCUUACGGGCUGCAGGAGUACGGCAAAGGAAGGUCAGGAGACGGAUCCUCGGAGCU